UCAUACAUGUUUAAGUUGCUUAUGGGCUUCACGUUUUCUUUUUAUUUGGAGUGGGCUUCUGUGUUUUGUUCGCAUCUUUAUGGCCUUUAUUUUUUUUUCAGCUUUUCCGUGAACCCGAUGAAGACGGAGGUCACGAGAGUAUCUCAUAGUGUUGUGCAUUACAAGAUUUGGCAAUUGGAACUUCUCUGACUGCUUCACAGAACUUUUGUCUUGAACAAAUUCUAUGGAGAAGAGAGAAUUGUAGUAGAAAGAUCAAUCUCUGUCAAGCCUGUUUUUCUCUGCGAAUGUAUUUUUCGCUUACCCUUUUUAACAUAGUGUGGGGCUUCUGUGGUUUUCGACUCAUUAACUGGCAGGGGCUUCUCUCGGUUCUUCAAAGAUAUCUCUCUGGGAAAGACAGAGCUGUGAUUCCGGCUUCGAUGAGUUGUUUCAGAAGUUCCAUUUUUGAUGAGUUAUUCAAGUUGAUGUCACGACUGGACUUAAUGGUGGACUUUUCCGAGUUUGUUUUCUUUAUGUACCGUGAGAAUGGACAUGAGAGUAUAAAUAAGAGCUUUUGUUCUUUUGAAUCAUUGUUUUGGUUACCCUCCGCAAGAAUAUGUUGCAUUAUGACAAUAGAGAUAAUGCCAAAGAUCCACUCAUUGUUGUACACUGUAGGUGCUUGCCUUUCCUCAUAGAUGAAUUUGUUGAGCAUAUGUACAGGUUUGGAACCAAAUAUAGAGCUCUCUUCCUCAACACAUUUAAAAGAAAAAAACUAUCCUAUUGUUAUUGAUAGCAUUUUAGGACCGUAUAAGAACAUUGUCCUCUAAUUGUGGUGCUACAGAAUCUGAAUCACACCUUUUUAAAGAUCCUCUUUCUGUUGUGUUUGGUUUUUAUGCUCUUGAGAGAUUUUUAAACUUCA